AUGAGUGAAUUUGAAUACUAUCAUGAUGGAGACAUUCAUUAUGUAAAUCAUCACCAACAAGCUUCCAAUUCUCAUCAACAACAACAACAAUAUCAAUCAUCAUAUAGGAGUAAUGAUUAUUCAUCAUCACCAUCAUCAUCGGAAUCAUAUCUUGAUGAUGGAUAUGUUCUUUUUCAAUCUAUACAAAUAUCAAUUCCUAUUUUACCCUUCUUGAUCAUGAUGGGAUUUGUAUUAUUCGUGAUGGGAUUAAGAGCCAUUAAAUAUUUCCAAUUAUCUGUAAAUUGGCAUGUAAUUACGAAGAGUUUCAAACAUCAAAUUAUAUUGUUGAGUUUGUUUUUCCAAAUUCCCUUGCUGUGCUUUUACUUGUAUUCAUUAAUUAAAUUCGGAAAGAGUGAUGCAUCACUAGUUUUAAUUAUAAUUUUGAAUUCAACUAUUGGAGGAAUGGCAAGUUUUAUCAAUGAGAAGAGUUUGGGUUAUUUUGUCGUCAUGUUGGCGUGUUUUAUUUCAAGUUUAUUGGUGCAAGAGGCUCACGUCAAGACAAUUUUGAUUUGCUUGUGUUUUCUUGUAGUUGCAUUGAAAAUUCAAAAAAUCAUCUUCCAAAGAAAUAAGCAAUUCGAGCCAGAGGAUUUCACAGAGGUCAGGACAACAAUUGAACAAGAUGAUCUUGUCAAGGGUUCUUCUCACAAUUUUAGACAAGUACUAACCAAUGCUGAUAGAGAAGGUAGCUAUGACAAUAACAGAUUUUACAGUGGACAGAAUCGAUUCCAACAACAUGGACAUGAACCUUACAACCGCCUUAAACCAUCCCUUUUCCAAAAUAAUGCCUUCGAAUACAACCACCAACCAACUCCAACUGUUAACAAGUUACAUUCGGUUGCAGGUUUGAAGAGGGAAGUUCAUAAUGACCUGCAUAAUAGAGAGGACAUUUACGUACCUAAAACCUCAAAUUGGAAUUGGUUGGGUUCUGUGUUUUCGAACAUGAAAUGGUUCAGCAAAAAACAAGAGCCUGACAUUCUGGAGAGAAGACAUGUUAAACUUCAAGUUCCUGACAGACAAAAAGUGCUCUUUGACAAGCCAGUUAACAAUGUCAGAGUGAAUUUUGUAGAAGAAAGAGAAGAAAGAGAAGAAAAAGCCAAGCUGUCCUCUUCCUCAACAAUGAAUUCAUACACCCCUCUUUAUCCCUCCCUAUCUACAAACAUUCCUCCUUCCGUGAAACCAGAGGAAUCACCAAGAGCAGGUAUUUCACCUUAUUUGUUAAAUCACUCUUUGCCUUUAACACAGUCCAAUACAACAAGGAAUUCAAUGAAGCCACAACAGGAGAGCGAAAAGCCUCCCACAUUCCAAACAAAGGAGAAUUUCAAAGUCCCAAUGGAACCUGAGGAGGAACCAAAUAGAUAUUUUGAAACAAGACAACAAUUCCAUGUUGCUAAAAGAGUUCAACAAGUCCCACAACCUGAAUCUCAAUCUGCCUUCAAACCAAGAGCAGGAGCUUUAGUUUCAAAACAAAGACCUCCCAUUGUACACACUGUUGUUGAGGAAGAAGAGUUCAUACCAACUGCUUCUACAUUUGAUGGGGAUGAUGAUGAAGAAGAAUAA